UUUCCUGUUCCGGGAACUUACUAGGGAGGGGAAAUAGCACAACUAUUCAUAAGGAAAGUCAGUUGUUGAUGUAAAUGCAUUAGGUGGCUGCGGGGGACUUAUUUUGGAUAGCUCAUUCGAGCUGUUGUAUAGCCGAGAAGAAGAUGACCCCAACACAGUGGGACCUACCUCCAGAGUUAUGCUGCCGGCCCAUGGCAUUUGUGGCUCUAACUGGACUGGACGUGGUCUACAACGCCGUUCACAGGGCUAUCUGGGAUGCCUUCUGUGUUAACAGGAGGGCUGACAGGGUGCCCAUUUCCUUCAAAGUCCUUCCAGGGGACCACGAGUACCCGAAAUGUAGGACCAAGAGAACCUCUUAUGAGUGGUACAUCCCCAAAGGCAUCCUGAAGACCAGCUGGAUGAACAAGCAUUUGAACAUGGUCCCAGCGCUGGUGGUGCUGUUUUAUGAGCUGGACUGGGAUGAGGUUCAGUGGAAGGAGAAGCAGCUGGAGUGUGCUACCAAGGUGGAGAUUGUCAGGACAAGUCUGCAAGGACGGAACACAAAGGUCGCAGUGGUAUUAAUUCAGAAGAAAACUCCUCUUCCCCCAGGAGAAGACGUCAUGGCCUCAGAGCGGGCAGGUGCUCUCUGUAACGCCUGUGACCUUUCGGGCAAGUUUCUCUUCGUCCUCCCCCACACUGAUCACCUCGUGGGCUACAUCAUCAGGCUGGAGAACGCCUUCUAUGAGCACGCUCAGACUUACUACCACAAUGAGAUACGGAGGGUGAAAUCUCAUAAGGAGUUCCUCAACAAAACUACCCAUCAGUUGCUCUUCGUAAGACACCAGUUUAAGAUCGCUUUCUUCAGUGAGCUGAAGCAGGACACUCAAAACGCAUUGAAGCACUACAAGUCAGCUUACGGCCUUGUGCAUGAGCUGCGAGCCCAUGAGACCAACAUCCUGGAGAUCAAGACACUGGCUGGAUUCAUCAACUACAAGAUCUGCCGGCUCUGCUUCCAGCACAACACACCCUUGGAUGCCAUCGCUCAGUUUAGGAAGCACAUCGACCUGUGCAAGAAGAAGAUCGGCAGCGCUGAGUUAGCGUUCGAGCACGCGGCCUGGAUGUCCAAGCAGUUCCAGUCCUUUGGCGACCUCUUCGACGAGGCUAUCAAGCUGGGCCUGACCGCCAUCCAGACCCAGAACCCAGGCUUCUACUACCAGCAGGCGGCGCACUACGCCCAGGAGCGCAAGCGGCAGGCGGUGCAGCUCUGUGGCAGCCCGGAGCUGAGUACGGGGUGCCCCCCUCCAGACCCCCUGGACACUCCCACUGCCGUCCUUGACUUCUAUGGGCAGCGGGCCUGGAGGCAGGGACACCAGAGUAUUGACCCUCCUGACCCGGAGAAGGAGAAGAGAGGCAUUCUGGGUCUUCAGGGGAAAGAGAGGGAGGUGCCUCAUUCGGAGCUCAUCAUCGCCCUGCUCAGCAAUGCCGUGGCUCAGUUCAAGAAGUACAAGUGUCCACGCAUGAAGGGCCACCUGAUGGUGCAGAUGGGUGAGGAGUACUACCACACCAAGGACUACGCCAAGGCCCUGAAGCUGCUGGACUACGUGAUGUGUGACUACCGGACAGAGCGGUGGUGGAACCUACUGACCUCCAUCCUCAGCACCGCCCUCCGCUGCUCCUACCUCAUGGCCCAGGUGAAGGACUACGUGGCGUACGGCAUGGAGCUGGUGGGCAGAGCUUCUUCUCUGCCUGAGGACCAGAAAUCAAGGAUUGAGAAGAACCUGUUCAAGGUUUUGAUGAAAGAGGUGCCAGAGGCGGAGCCGGACUGUGACCCCGCUGCGGUCCGAGCAGCUCACGCACUGUGGAGCGAGCGGGCCGCCCAGGCUGCUGAAGAUGAGGUCAUGGUGGAGGCGCAGGACUGCGUGCCCUUUGUGCAGUGCAAGGCCAGGUUUCUCCAUCCCAGCUUCCACCUGGACGUCCCCGUGCAGUUGCACAUCUUCCUGCGGGCCGAUUGCCCCCACCCCGUCCACUUCUCCAAGCUGUGCGUCAGCCUCAGUAACCAGGACUACAACCAGUACUGCUGUGUGUCUGAGGGCUCCUCUGAGUCGCAGGGUCUGUGUCUGCUGCCUGGACAGACGCACAUGUUUGCCUUCAGGUUUGUGGCACGCACUGAGGACGUGGGCAAAAAGAUAGAGAUCACAGGCGUGGACCUCAUCCUGGGUCGGGAGAGCGAGCGCUGCGUCUUCCUAAACUGGCGGGGUGGAGGGGGCGACACGGCCUCGGCCCACGAGGCGCUGCAGGCCUCCCGGUCCUUCAAGCGACGGGACCGUCUGCCGGAGCAGCAGGUGGACUGGGACACGGUGACCAUCCAGGCCAGCACCAUGAUCAUCUCCCGGGUGCCCAGGAUCUCUGUGCAGCUCCUGCACUCGCCCCCAGCCCUGAGCAACGAGAUGUACUGCAUGACCAUCACCAUCCAGUCCCUGGAGGACACGGUGGCCCAAGACGUCAAGCUCACAGCCGGGCUCAAACCAGGUCAGGAUGCCAACCUCACCCAGACGACCCACGUCACCCUGGAUGGCUCGGAGGCGUGUGACGACUCCCAUCCCGCCCUGCUUCCUGAUAUCGACGUCGGCGACCUGCAGCCACAGGAAAAGGUGGAGAAGCCGCUGUACAUCCGCUGUUCGACCACAGGAUCCAGAAUCUUCCUAGUCCACGUCGCCUAUACCAUGAACGCCUGUAUAGAGGGCAAAGACAUUGUCUGCAAGUGUCACAAAGAUGAAACUGUUACCAUAGAAACUGUCAUUCCAUUCGAAGUGGCCGUGAAGUUUAUGUCCACAAAGUUUGAGCACCUGGACCGCGUGUUCGUGGACGUGCCCUUCCUGCUUAUGACCGACAUCCUCAGCAGCUCUCCCUGGCCCCUACACCUGCUGAGCAGCCGGCUGCAGCUGGCCCCCUCCAUGGCUGCCGUGGACCAGCCCCAGUGCCAGGUGGAGCACGUGGUCCUCCAGACAGGCGAGUCGGCCAGCGAGUGCUUCUGUUUGACAUGCCCGCCCGCACCCCAUGGCGGCAGCACUGCGGCGUCUGGACAGUACAUCAUAUCCUGGAGAAGCACUGCAUUCUCCACAACUACUGUAAACUACCUGAAAUUCACAAUGAACUCCCCCCACCCCCCCAGGGAUUCUGAGAACGUCCCGGUUGUCAGCUCAGUGAUACCCCUGCCGCACGUUGCCCUGGAGACCAUCCCUCUGUACAUUCAUGCUGAUCUGCCGUCGUUUGGACGCGUGCGGGAGUCUCUUCCGGUCCGGUACCACAUCCAGAACCGCACGGGGCUUGUACAGGAGGUGGAGAUGUCUGUGGAACCCAGUGACGCCUUCAUGUUCUCUGGCCUCAAGCAGGUGCGCUUCCGGAUCCUCCCAGGGGAGGAGCAGCAGAUGCUGUAUAACUUCUACCCGCUGACGGCAGGCUACCAGAGCCUGCCGCUGCUCAGCAUCGAGCUACUGCGUCUCCCCAGGCUCAGCACCCAGCUCCUGCAGCGCUUCCUGCCUUCCCGCAUCUUCGUCAAGCCGCAGGGACGACUUGGCGACGACGCCUCCAUCGCUGCUGCUUAGAGAACAGGGCACGUUAGCUGCUCCCAAGCUGGGUGGCAUCCCCAUGGUAACCAGGGAUUUGCAGUCUGUGUUAGACUCACUGCUGAACUCGAGGCUCCUGUACUACUGUGGAUUCUGGGCAGUGUGACGCACAAGUGAAUGUGCACUUGUGUCUUAGAGGUACAUUAAAGCAUUAUUGUUGGGACAUUUUUGUAACUGACUCCUUGGCUCUGCUAGAGUGUUCAAAAAUCACAUGCAUGCUUUUUGAGUAACCUUUAAAAAAAAAAAGCUGAAGAAAUGUUUUUAUAAAUGUAAUAACGUAUAAAAUAGCUACUUGCAGAUCCACUCUGAAGUGUGUAUGUAUGUGAUAUAUGUCAAAUAAAUACAGGUAUACAGA